AUGAAACCAUCUAAACUGCAAGACCAUCUGAGAAGAUGCCACCCUGAUAAAACAGAGAAAGAUUUGAAAUACUUUCAGACACUCAAAAAUAAAUUUCAGAAGAGACCUACACUGGACAGAGUGUUCGCUUCGGCGUCACAAAGAAAUGAUGAUGGUUUGCGGGCGUCUUACAAUAUCUCGUUACUUAUAGCAAAAUCCGGAAAACAGCAUACUAUCGAAGAGAAGUUAAUUUUGCCAGCCGUUGAAGAGGUUUUAAAAACUGUUUUACACAAACCUGCAUCUGAUAUUAUUAAAAGAAUUUCCUUAAGCAACAUACUGUUGAAAGACGUAUUGAUGAAAUGA